UGUAGGUCAAAUAGAAACCGUUAUUACCUGCUUGCAAAUGUGGGUCAUAAAACAUGUAGUUAAUCCCCGACAGCUUGCACGUCAUAAACCCAAGCAGAUGCAAGUUAAACUUAAAUUUACCUGCAACUACAAACAGAUAUAAACAUAUAUAAAGAUGCCGCUGAGUCUGAAGCUAAGGCAGUUGAUCUUUGAUUUUGGCACAGCCAACAAGUCGCGAUGGUGCUCGAUACUGUGACGAGGAACAUUGUAAAGUCAUUGAAGGAUAACUAUAGCUACGAGGAAAUCGCACAAAUGCUGGAGUGCGAUGUGGAGAGCGUGGUCAGCUGCAUUACGGAGACGGAGCUAAGCAACAGCAAAAUGCCAAAGCUAAAGCUGAGGCCGUUGCCGGAGUUACAGAAUAGACGAGAGGUUGGACGGCCGAAGGUGUUCGAGAAUCGCAAAUUGGUGGAGCAGAUGCUGAGAGAGCAUCCACACUACACAUCCAUAGAUGUGCAGCGCGAGCUAAUAAGUCGAUUUGGCAUUGAGGUCAGUCGGCGCACUCUACAGCGGCGCAUCAGUGAGAUUAGGGCGCGCCAGUCUCCGGCAAGGAAUGGGACCCUGAGUGCGACUGUUCGGCAACGGCGCUUGGAAUGGGCGCGCGCUCAUGCGGAGUGGACCGUGCAGGACUGGCGCAAUAUCUUCAAUAUGGACGAUCACAAGUCUACGAUGGGCACAAUGCCCAAGGAAAUAUAUGUGGACACAUUGCUGGGACCGGACUGCGGUGAUUGCAAAGAUUUGAAUCUGUUGGAGCAAUUAAUGAACAUAUUACAGCCCAAGAUACAGGAUCAGGCACCUCAGAAUGUCAGCGAGUUUCGAUCGGUGCUCUACGACAUCUGGCACAGCGAUCAGGAGCUGGUCAACAAGAUUGAGCAGCUAUACGAGACGAUGGCAUGGCGUGUGGAGGCGGUUCUCCAAAACGGCGGCGCAGAGAUCGAAUCUAGCUGAAUAGAUGCAGCGAUUUGAGAUACAUUUUGUGAUAACAUAGAUACAUAAACCUUAA